AUGGUUGGGGUGACAGCAAGUGCUCUGGUAGGGGUGAUGAACCCCCUCCUCGGUAGGCUCGGCAGCCUGUUGGAGAGGGAGGAUGCCAACAUCCAAGGUGUGCAUCGGCAGGUCCUCUUUCUGCGGGAUGAACUAAGCAGCAUGAGCACCGCCCUGGAGAUGGUGUCGGAGUCAGAGGAAGCAAGCUCGCAAGUAAAGGAGUGGAUGGGUCAGUUGAGGGAGCUGUCCUAUGAUGUCGAGGAUUGCAUUGACAUCUUCGUGCACCACCUUGGCCGUGCUGCAACCUGCAAUGGGUUCAUCCAGAAGAUCAUAAGAAAGGUCAUCACUCUGAAAGCACAUUAUCAUAUCAGUAUUCAGAUUAAUGAGCUGAAGGAACGCGUGAUGGAGGUUAGUGAUCGGCGCAAAAGGUAUAAGAUCGAUCCAUCCACCUUACUUCCAAAGUCCGUGGCAAUCGAUCCCAGGUUGCCUGCGCUCUUUGAGGAGGCGGAUAGACUUGUGGGUAUAGAUGAUCAAAUGGACAAACUUAUCCAAUGGCUCAACGAUGGCAUUAGUUCGCACACACAGCGUAAGGUGGUUUCAAUUGUUGGAUUUGGGGGAUUAGGCAAGACAACACUUGCUAAUCAGGUCUUCCAGAAGGUUCGAAGUCAAUUCGACUGCACCGCCUUUGUCUCCGUGACCCGAAGCCCUAAUGUCAAUAAGAUUCUCAGUGACACACUAUUGCAGUUUCUUAAGAGUAGCCAGAUUACAGAAGAUCAAAAUCAAGACAUUGCAAGGGUGCAGGAAAAUCAUUCUCUCAAAACAUGUGAAUAUCCACAGCUUGUGAAAAUGAAUAGGGACUAUCUUCGGAAUAAAAGGUACCUUGUCGUAAUUGAUGAUCUAUGGAGCAAACAAGCUUGGAAAGAAGUCCAAUGUGCUUUCCCCCAAAACAAUAAUGCAAGUAAAAUAAUCACAACUACACGAAUUGAAGAUGUUGCUAAUUAUUGCAGCUUUCCACACAAAGAAUAUGUUUACCAUAUGAUGCCCCUUGAUAGUGACGACUCAAGAAGCUUGUUCUUGAAAAGAAUCUUCUACUACAAAGAUGAUUGCCCUCUUGAAUUGAAAGAAGUUACUGAUGAUAUACUAAGGAAAUGUCAUGGUUUGCCACUAGCUAUAGUUAAUAUUGCUAGCCUAUUAGCAACUAAACCAAUCUCUAAAAGCGAGUGGGAGAGGGUGCGAAACUCUCUUGGAUCUGCACUUGAACAAGAUCAUGAGCUGGAACUUGUUAAAAGGAUAUUGUUUCUUAGCUAUUGUGAUCUACCCCACUAUUUGAAGAUAUGUUUCUUGGAUCUAAGUAUAUUUCCAGAAGAUCAUGUGAUAGGCCGGUUGUGUUUAAUAAGGAAAUGGAUAGCCGAAGGAUUUGUUGCAGAACAACAAGGACAAAACUUAGUGGAUACUGCAGAAAACUACUUCAGCGAGCUCAUCAAUAGAAACAUGAUCGAACCAGUAGGCACUGACUAUAGUGGAAGGCCAAGAGCUUGCCGGGUACAUGAUAUAAUGUUUGAGCUUAUUAUAUCAUUAGCAGCUAAAGAAAAUUUUGUUACUAUAAUGGCUGAUCAUAAGUUGACACCUUCGACUAACAAAAUUCGGCGUCUCUCGCUCCAGGGAAACUGUGAAGCACAAAGUCUCUGGUUAGGGGCGAACAGGUUGUCUCAAGUUCGGUCAUUUACUGUAUUUGGUGAUGUUGGGAAGAUACCAUCUCUCUUGAACUUCCACAUUUUACGGGUCCUAGAUAUACAAAACUGUCCUAGUCUAGAGGACAGAGACAUUGAGAAUAUUGGAAGUUUGAGCCACUUGAGGUAUAUAAGUCUCUAUAACAGCAAUGUCGGUAAGAUCCCAAUCCAAAUUGGAAGGUUACAACAUUUGCAAACACUCGAUCUCAGAGCUACCACAAUAAAAGAACUCCCAGCAACUAUUGUUCAACUACACCAAUUAGUGCGCCUAUGUGUCCCUAAUGGUGUAGGAUUGCCAAAUGGGAUUGGUGGCAUGACAGCCCUAGAGGAACUUUCAAUGUUGGAUGCCAGCAAAAACUCCCCAGAAGUUGUGCAGGAGUUAGGAAACCUAACCAAACUCAAGGUUCUUGGUAUUAAGUGGUGUGGUGGUAAUGCAAUUAAUGGUGAAGGAAGCUUUAAGAAAUCUCUGAUCUCAUCUUUCUGUAAUCUUGGAGAAAGAAACCUCCACUCCCUGAGGAUUGAGACAACGGAACGUUGUUCAAUGGAUUUCUUGUUUGAUUCAUUGUGCCCUCAUCCAUGUCAUAUGCGGAUGUCUAACAACGGUCCAAUUUUCCCUAGGCUCCCAAAGUGGAUAUCCUACCUUUCAGCACUCACCAACUUAGUUAUUUUUAUAGAAGAAGUGGGAGGCGGAGAUUUUGAUGUGCUCAAAGACUUGCCUGCUCUACGCUGUCUCCAAAUUUUCACAACAGAAUGCCCGCAGGAAUCGCUCAUGAUCGGACCCAAUGGAUUCCAGUGUCUCGAGGAUUUCCAUUUCCGCCCUUCUAUGUACUUGAAAACAAAGAAGAGAAUGAUGAGCCUGAUAUUUGAAGCAGGUGCAAUGCCAAGGCUUAACCGGCUUUGGUUUAGGUUCGUUGUACAUGAUACAGUAUCCACAUAUGGAACUGACUUUGAUUUUGGCAUUAGCCUCCUUUCCUCCCUCAAAUGUCUCUGGGUCAGUAUUAAUUGUCGGGGUGCAAUGGUUUGGGAGGUGGAGGCUGCCAAGGCCACCAUUACAAAGGCAGCAGCUCUCCUUCCUAACCGUCCAAGGCAUGAAAUCCAUAUAUUUGGGGAAGAGGGUAUGGUAGAGGAUGAGGAGCAGACAGAGGAUAGUGGUACUGCAAACCAACUAGAUGGUGCCCCCACAUGA